UCGCACUGACACCGCGCAUGCUCCGUGUGUCUCCUUCAUUGUGCCCUGUGUCCCCGUCAUAGACAGUGCUAAGCUAAGGCUAGCUGUCAACCCGCGGAGCAGCAUCACGCCAGGGACACUCCAGGCUCUGCAGACUCCUCCUGCAAACACCGUCGCACCGCACAAUGGCUGUCCCUCCUUCAUACUCAGACCUGGGCAAAGCUGCCAAGGAUAUAUUCAGCAAGGGCUACGGCUUCGGUGUCGUGAAGCUGGACCUCAAGACCAAAUCUCAGAGUGGAGUGGAGUUCAACACAUCUGGCUCCAGUAACACAGACACAGGGAAGGCCUCGGGGAGCCUGGAGACCAAAUACAAGAUGAAGGAGCUGGGCCUGAGCUUCAACCAGAAGUGGAACACAGACAACACACUGGCUACUGAAGUGACUGUGGAGGACCAGCUGGCUCAGGGGCUGAAGGUUGCCUUGGACACGUCUUUUGUACCAAACACAGGUAAGAAGAGCGGGAAGCUGAAGACGGGCUACAAGCGUGACUACGUGAACCUGGGCUGUGACGUCGACUUCGAGGGUCCCAUCAUCCACGCCGCCGCCGUGCUGGGCUAUGAGGGCUGGCUGGCCGGCUACCAGAUGGCCUUCGACACGGCCAAGUCCAAACUGGCCCAGAACAACUUUGCCCUCGGAUACAGGGCUGGAGACUUCCAGCUGCACACCAACGUUAACGAUGGGACCGAGUUUGGCGGCUCCAUCUACCAGAAGGUGAACGACGAGCUGGAGACAGCGGUCACUCUGGCCUGGACCGCCGGCAGUAACAACACUCGCUUUGGCAUCGCCGCCAAAUACAAGCUGGAUAAAGACGCCUCUCUGUCUGCCAAAGUGAAUAAUGCCAGUCUGAUUGGAAUAGGCUACACCCAGAGCCUUCGGCCAGGUGUGAAGGUGACUCUCUCAGCCCUGAUCGACGGGAAGAACUUCAACGCUGGCGGACACAAAGUCGGCAUGGGCUUCGAGCUGGAGGCAUAAAGUGGAGAACUCAGACCCACCAAUGAAGAAAAAAAACACAUCACCAAACACUCCCCUCCCCUCACACACUCACACACACACACACAUUACAGCCCCAGUCCACCACAAUCAUGUAGCUGCUCCUCUCUGGACUCUCCCACACAGCCCCCCCCAUUCUCACAUUUCACGAGCAUCUCUGACAGUGAGAGUCGAGUCUCAUCAUGCUUAAACAUCCCGGAGAGGAGUCGUGAGGGUGGAGGUUACAGAACUGACACUAUUUAUUCCCCUGUAGGUCUUGGAUGAAGUAGUCGUUGGUGUAAAUGUGUAGCUCGUUACAGCUUGUGUGUGAGGUGUUCCUGCCUUCCUCAAAAGAAAAAAAAAAGAAAGCAUGUAAGGAUGAAACUGUGAAUGUUUGCUUGGUUAAAAAGGUGCUGAGUGUCUGUUUCCUCUUUUGUUUUGCUACGUCUGGCUGAGGUGUUGUAAUCUAUUACAUGCUUAUAAAUGUUACUGCUGGUUAAAGUUUAGACAUGACUGAAUGAAGGAUAUUUAAAACUUGCAUUGCUUUACAGGAACAACAGAAGCUCAGUGCAGACGCUCAUAAAUGAUCUUCUAAUUCUUUGUGACUUGUCAUUUUUCGGUAGGUGAAAUCAAUGUAGUGGAAUCUUCUGGUAGCUUGCGUAGUUAGUUUGCAUUUCUACGACGUUGCUUUCGUCUAUCUCGUCUCGGCACGGCUGUCACAAAGACACUGUCUGUCGUAUGUCAGCGCUUCAGCUGUUUCGUCAUGUUGCUCGGGGACCGCGCUCAUUGCUGUCAGGGCUCUCGUCUCAAAAACAAUCUACACUCCUCAGAUCUGUACGUUAAAAUACAGCCGAUUGUCCUCCGAGUGAUUCCAGUCGUAACGCUUGAUAGGAUAAUGUAAGACGCUGUUAUGUCCCACACGACUCUCCUGUUUUUGGUUUUGGUUUUUUUUGGGUAAUCAUGCAUCACAGUGAGUUUUCUCCAUCUAAUUAUGGCUCAUUUUUCUUUGUCACUUAGACACAGUACCUCAUUUUUUUCCAAUGUUAACUAAGGGAAUUCUAAAUAAAUAAAAAAAUUCAAAACGA